AUGGCCACGGCUGCUGUAAUCUGCUCCGAGUACCUACGAUGUCCUGUCUGCUUAGAUCUGUUCCAGGAACCGGUCACUAUCCCCUGUGGUCACAGCUUCUGCCUGAUCUGUAUCACCCGAUGCUGGUCCCUGCAGGGAGCACCCACCUCCUGCCCUCAGUGUCGCUGCCAUUUCAGGUCUGACUCCCCACCCCGGCUCUGCAAAAACAGCAUUCCACAAAUGGUAGAGGACUUUUCCAACCCACAAGGAUGCAAAUGAGUUACUAUAGAUACCAACCAAACUCCAGUGCCAACCACACCAGUGGGAGACACUGCUGGCAAGAGUGGCAGUAAUGCGUCCAUGUGCUGGAACCCUGCUGAGCUCACCAGUCCCUGGAUCUCAUGCCUUGCACAGCGCAGAGAGGUGACACAAGGAUUCUCCGACAUGGUGCGUAUCUUGCAGGCUUCGGGCUUCCGACUACUUCAGUUGAUGGAGUGGGCAGAAAGCCAGGCACUGGGCAGGGCAGAGAGGCAGGAGUCAGAAGAAGGACUCAGCAUGGUGAUAAAUACCAGGGGAAGAACAUUAGCUGACCAUGUCAAGAAAAAGGAUGAACUCACCUGGGACAAACUUUCUGUGGCUGUGUCUGAAUUUAAAAUGUGUUUGCAGGAACUGUGUGGAGAUCAUAUGGGACGGAUGAUACAGCAAGUUUGGAGCGCACACACUGCCUGUCCAUCUCUGACCCCUGAUCGAAGUGGGAGCCCUCAACUGCCAUUGAUCCCGCGAGCACGUGCUGAGUUUCUUCAGUAUUCCCGGGAAAUCACCCUAGACCCAGAUACUGCCCACUGUAACCUGUUCUUGACGCAGGGAGAACGCCGGGUGCUUUGCAAGCUACAGCCUCAGAACUAUCCAGACCAUUCUGGACGAUUUGACCACUAUACUCAGGUCAUGGCACGGGAGCCAAUGGGGCAAGGGAGGCAUUACUGGGAAGUCCAUCUUACUGGCAACAGAGUGAGCUUUGGGGUUGCCUACAGUGAUAUUGCCCGUAAAGGGCACCAGAGUCACUGUCUGGCAGGAAGGAAUUCACAAUCGUGGUGUCUUGAAUUUACCAGUGCCCGCUGCUAUGCCUGGCAUGACAAACAGAAAUUACUUGUUGCUACAAGACAGCAGGAGAGGCUGGGCAUCUUUUUGGACUGGGACAGUGGCUCUCUAUCUUUCCAUGAAGUGUCUGACAACAUGCCCAUCCUCCACUGCUUCCAAACAUCCUUCAUUCAGCCUGUGUACCCCAUCUUCUUUGUCAGCUGGAAUUCCAUCAUAACCAUUGGAGAGAGACUGUCAACCCUUAACUGUGCCCAGAACAAGAGAUUCGUCAGGCAGCUGUCUGCAAACUUUUAAAUGGUGGUAAAGGAUGUGGUGGCUUAAGGGGUCUUUUUAGUGGGUGUAAACCAGACCUUCCUACAUUCCUUUGCUAAUGACGUACAUUUGAAAAUCACCUGCUUCUUUACCAGUUCUGACUGUUCACCCAUAUUACAUUUUUUCCACCUCUGACUAGGUCUCCUACUCCUGGGUUUAAUGUUCCGAUCAGUUUUAUAUCAAAUGCUUCUAUUCCCACUUAUUAAAUGCAGUAGGUCUGCCUUCUCCCUCAAUUUUACAUCUGUCUGCUCCCCAUGAUAGGAAGAUGCUUUGGGCUAGAUUUAUCAAUUUGUGUUGUGAACCUGUGCCUGUGGGGCACAUUUGUUCUCUAUAUUUACUUCAUGCAAUACCACCCUCCUACCCAGUUGGGCUUGUCAAUCCGGGGAGGUUUUCAUCCACUAAUUCAAAGUUAAUGAGCGAGCCUGCAAACUAUCAGAACUUUCUGCCAAUUAUAAAUCUAGCCCUAUGUCCCACAUAUUGUAUCAAGCAUCCACCAGAUUACAUUUUUAAAGAAGAGUUUGAAUUUACCUCCGUCAUUAAAUUGACCUUGUUGUCUUGGCAACCUUUGCUAAAACAUAGCUAUUUUCCAUGCAGUAGGCUUAGGAGUGUUCAGGUUUCUUGAGCACUAUAUGAAUGGAGUGUGUGUGCAACAAUGUUUGUAACAAUGUUUUAUAUAUAUAUAUAUAUAUAUAUAUAUAUAUAUACAUACAGUAUAGGGCUAAAGACAUGUGCACACUCCUGAGCCUACCCAUGCUCUUAUGGAAAAGAGCUCAGUUUUACAAAGGGAUAUCAAGAAAAAUGGUGAUAGUAGUACAUCUUAAAUUGUACGCUCUAUGUGAAAGCGUGUGUCUAUCUAUAAUAUAUUAUGCCUCCCUCAGACAUUUCUGCUGCUAUAGAAUAGCACAUGAGCUACAACAUUUUUAAAACAAAUUAACACCUAGUUUGCUGCAAUAGUUUUUCAAUAAUCAAACUCAACCAACUAUUUGCCUUAUUUGGAUUAAGCAAUCUGGGCUUAAGUCUGCUGACAAGGCUGGCCACUAUUAUAUUGUUAGUAUAAAGCACAAUUAGGGGACGUAUAUGUAGCAGGGUUAGCCUUGAGAAGUCAGCAGGGUGCUUUUUCAGUUCGGAGAAUUAAAAAUGCCACAACUUUCAGAGCUAGUUAUAGUAAAUAGGGGGGGGGGAUAAAUACUGAAAGUAUAUUGCAAAGUUAUUUUACUACAAAUAACUAAAAGGUUUCAUAUUAAAAGUUCAAGGUGUUUACUGUAACUUUAAGGGCCCAAAGUAAAACGAUUGUUUCUGUCUUUACUUAAAGUAUUAUUUAUAUCUUUACAACCCGUAUGUAAAUUGUUAUUUUCUGUGAGUAAAAUUGCCUUGUUUUAUAUUGAAACUACAUGUACACUAAGGGUAAAUUUCCCAGGAUCACCUGCUUUCUUAUAAUUCCACUGUCUUGCUACCUUAUAAUUUAAAGGAGCAAAUCAAAAUUAAUCUCUCAUGGCUUAGAUAGAGCAUGCAAUUUUAAGAGGCUUUUCUAUUUAAUCCUUAUAUCAAAUUUACUCAAAUUUGUUGAAAAGGACACCUAGAUAGGCUCGUGAGUAGCAAAUCACUUCUGGGAGCUAGCUGCUGAAUGGAGGCUGAAUAAAUAUGCCUCUUGUUAUUUGCUCGGCUCACCAGAUGUGGUCAGCUAGCUCCCAGCACUGCCUGUUUUGCAGAGGUUAUAUGCAAGAUAACAUUUUCUUUUUGAUUUUUUUUUGUCUGUUUUUAUGGUCUUAGAGCCUCAGACCCUUGAGCAUUUAAUAUUUCCAAUUUUGUUAUCACCUUUAAAGAAACAUUACAUUUGAAAUGUAAUUCUACAUAAAAAAUUGUUUUUUUUUUAUUUUGCCAAGUUUUUCAUUAAUUUACCUCAGACAAUUGUGUUUUUCCAUUACUCCUGGGAGCCCUCAGUGCCGUGUGGACUUUGACCCUACUUUAUAAUAACACUAAUUGCUUGAUCAGAGCAGGAGCUUAUUUAUAUCUGCCUCUAAUUGGUUGGAAAAAAAGAGAUACGAUAAAUAUGCUAUAGAGACUUUUGAAGGGGUGUACAUCUCGAUUGCAAAACGGUGGCUACAUACUAGCAAAAUUACAAUUUGCAAAGCUUUUGAGCCAUUUAUUUUGUAUGUAGAUCUUUUACAAUGCAUUCCUUAAAGGGGCAGUCAUGAUUUAGAUACAUUUUGCUUUGUUCUCUUGGUAUUCUUUGUUGAAAGCUAAACCUAGGUAGGCUCAUAUGUCAAUUUCUAAGCCCUUGAAGGCUGCCUCUUAUCUGCAUUUUGGAAGUUUUUCAAAGCUAGACAGUGCUUGUUCAUGUGUGUCAUAUAGAUAACGUACUCACUCCCAUGGAGUUAUUUAUGAAUCAGCACUGAUUGUCUAAAAUCUAGAAUCUUAGAUAGAAGGUAAUCACAGAGGUAAAAAGUGUAUUAAUAUAACAGUGUUGGUUAUGCAAAACUGGGGAAUGGGUAAUAAAGGGAUUAUCUAUCUUUUUAAACAAUAACAAUUCUGGAGAAGACUGUCCCUUUAAGUGCUGGUAUAUACUUUGCAUAUGAAUGUUCCUUGACAUUUCCUUGUUUUUUCUUUCAUAUCUGAAAAUGGAGAAUCUUAGUGGUAAAUAACAUUAUUUAUAUUAAACAAAUGUAAGUUUAGACAUUUAUUACUAUAAAAUAAUGGUCAUAUGACUUGCAGAAUAAUACUAUGUUGCCCACUCUAAAACAGUCUUUCAUCCUUCACAGUGUCCGGUGCUGUAAUAGUUAACUUAAUUUCCUGCUAAAGGCAUUCUCUUCUCUCUUGUUAUUGAAGAGUUUACCUCCUGUCCAGCAGUUGAGCCGUUAGCGUCACCAUUAGUAUUGCAGUGUUUAUUCUCCAGCAAGCCUCAAUAUAAAGUUUAACCCCUUCUUGUUCUGAGCGUAAAAAGGGUUGACACUACUGCACUAGAAAUAUGCAAGUUAACACCUCUUGUCCUGCAUAUUAGGAGUUAACAUCCGCUUUCUCUGGCAUUACUGGGGUUAACUUCCCCUCAUUACUGAGGAGUCUCUCUGCCUUUCCUGGUCACCGCUCAUGUUCCAUAGACUGCUUGGCCCGCUGCCUCCUCAGCUUGACAAACGUAGCGGCCUCUCUGUCAGACUUGCGGUUGUCCAGAAGAUUCAGAAUCUGCUCACCUGCAGAGAAGGUAGAGGAGCAGGUGAGGAACAAAACUCUUAAGUAUCAUAUAAGUUAGAUCUCUAAAUGAAUUUGUAAUCAUGUGACAUCAUUCCUAUCUCUUCUUUAUGGUGUAUAUAGGGCUGCCACCUCAGACUUAUGAGUUACACAUGCUGUAGGGUGUGCAGGAAGGAACAUGAAUUCUCACAAUACAUGUUCCACCAUCUUACCUUGCGGAAUGUCUAAAUCAUAAGUGUCCAGGAAAACAUGGCCGAGGUCGCAGCCCUAGGUGUGUACAUCACUGUAUGAUAAUACUAUAGAAUGUUUUUAUGUGACCAACUGGAAUGUUCAAGAUGGCAAUAAAUCUACAAUCGGAAGUCAUGUUGUGUUUGCUGUAUGAUACAUGCAGGGCCGUCUUUAACACAGGGCAAAAGGGGCAGCUGCCCAGGGCCCAGUUUCUGUUGAGGGGCCCAAGAGUCCUUUUUUUUUUAUGGUUCAUACCAGACUGCUGAUGUGACAUGGGGAACACACACAUUCAGUCCUAAUACUGUCACAGUCAAAAGUUCUCUGCUUAUAUAAAAAAAAAAAUUUAAACUGUGCCAGACCGUGCCGGUGUCAUGUGACAUGCCAAGCUAUUGCCAUGUGCUGUUUUAGAUGUGCACUGUGCAGCACUGAAUGCAAAGCCCUAACUCGGCAUCCAGCCAUUCCCACUGCAACAGAAAAGGUCCUACUGGGGUUACCACUGUUACCAGGUAACUGCUCUGGUUGUGUGGGAUUGUUUUUUGGGUAGGUCUGACUGUAGGCGCAUGCAGCAGAAAGCUGGAGCGGCAGGGACGUGAGGAUUUGAGCAUCUGUGCAGCUGCAUACACUGCUCUCUUCAGUCUGAGGCUGUGUGACUCAUCUCACACUGUAUCCAUGCAGCCUUGGAGAGACAGCAUCCAGUCUGCUGGUCCCCUUAGCCCUGCUCUUUCUGCUGUGGCCCUAAGAUCAACUAACUGAAGUUUGUUAGGGGAACAGUGCUUUGUAGAAAGGUGUCAGUGGGAAGAAUAAGUGAGUGCACACACACCCCUCCCCAUGCAGCAUUGUCUAGUGCAGGUGAGAGGGAACUUGUUCCUAGCAAAGAAGUGACAUGUGCUGCUGUGGCUGAUGUAUAGUGUCAUGCUAACACAUUAAUGUAAGGUUUAUUUUUAUAGUUUUUGUUUUCUCUCUGUCUCAGAUUUUACAGCUUCCCAUAGUAGUUCUGCUGUUCCAGUCAGUAAACUUAUAUUUGUUAGCACCUCAAUGCUUCCUCCUCAGUCUUUACCUUGCUUUGCUCCUGUUGGCUGCCCUAAAUCUCUUUAACCAGCUAACCUCACACCAGAAUCACAUUCAAAAGAAUAUUAAAUUAAUCCACAGUGGAGGAAUUUAUUUAUUUACUUAUUAAUACUGCUUAGGUCCAGUUUCACAUAUUGCAAUUUAUUUCAUUUUUUUUAAAAUGAUUAGCCCAGCAGUGGAUGAUCCACUGCUGGGCUAAUAAUUAAAAAAAAAAAAUUGAUUUAGUUGUUUUUUGGGAUGUUUUGGUAGAGAGCGAAAUUGUAUGGGGUGGGGGGGCAAGAAAAUUUUUGCCUAGGGUUCAGUCAAUAUUAAAGACGGCCCUGGAUACAUGUACUAUAACCAGACUGUAUAUAUGCUAUUAUAUGAACAUUGAUUUUGCUUUGGUAAUAAACAGAAUAGUUAGUUUA